AUGGAGUUGUUGCAGAGAUGUCUUUCAACUUUGAGGUUGGACCAAGAUCGUGUAAGGACAUGUUCCACUGAUUUUACCAAUCUCGAACUUGAAUACAUCAGGUCAUUGGACAGCGAAGAACUAGAAACACUGUUGUUCAAAGAGAGUAAAGACCUGAUCAGAAGGAUCACCAAAGGUCCAAAUGUAAAGAUUGGCUUCUGUGGUGCAACCAAUGCUGGCAAGUCAACUCUGAUCAGGACACUUCUGGGUGGCUUACCAUUGCCCAAUUCAUCUGGACACACAACAGCUAGGAUCUGUGUCAUUCGUUAUGCCAGGUUGGUUGAAGCCAAGCUUUACUUCUGUCGUCUCAACACAGAGACAUCCAGUUUGGAUCCGAUUCAAGAUGGACAGAUCUCGCUUUCACAAUAUCUAACACCACAGUCAUUGAGGAAUAUACUGAACCAGCACCUUAGCCGUACCCAAAUGCCACAGGGUGGGGCUCAGCUAGAGGAGGCCGUACAACAGAUAGUUGUCAUCGAGUAUCCAAUCCCAUUGCUUGAGGGUGGAGUGGAGAUAUAUGACAUACCAGGCCAAAGUAGAACAGACUUGGAGUGCAUAAAGAGGCUGCGCCAGUCCUUCCUCAGACAUAUCAACCCGCAUGGUAUGGUCUUCUGUUUCCCAAAUCCAGCAUUCUCGACUGAGGAGAUCAAUGCCUAUGACGACAUGCUUCAAAGUUUGGUCACCGAUAUUGGGCUGGGGAACACAUCCAGGACAUUCUUUGCAAACACCAAGUUCGAGUCAUUCUCGUUGAUAUAUGACCAUGGAAUCAGCAUUGAUGAGUUGUUGGCCGAUACUAUCCCAAAAGAGGAGAAGGCGCGGUCGGGAAACCUGCCCAAAAGAACUCAACAUCUGAACGAUGCGAACAAGGAGAUUGCCUUCAAAGACUAUACAUACUCGCUGGUCAACACAUUGGAGUUUCUUGAAGGAGGCAGCGAUGAUGCGGUCUUGAUCUUCAACCGCUUCAUCGAGCGACUGGCCACUUGGAUCGUGUCACAGCAGCAACGUCGAUAUGCCACGGCCUACAAGCGAAUUGCUGAUGCGUGCAACUCAUUCUUCCGCAGCUACAGCACCAUUCGAUCAAAGACAAUUGUCAACGUUGUCAAUAAUACCUGGCUCAACAAUGGCAAUGAGGCACUAGAGAUCCUUAGAGUUAACCUCUUAACUUUGAUGGACACAAUCUUGUUGAGCAUGGAGCAGAAUUUCGAAGAUUUCUUGGUCGAGCACGACCUCUACAACCAGUCACUCGCCAAGGCCAGAUCAAUAGUGCACCCAGACUUCGAAGGACUCUCAAGGAGCAAUUCCAAAAAUUAUACCGAGUUGUUCAUGAAAGAGUUCUCGCCAUGGUUCCAAUUGAAUGUCCUGGAUCCCUUCACUAACAUUCUCCAGUCGCUCAUCAACAACGCGGUGGAGAAGUCGAUGAACCUGGUCUUUGACCGGCCCGAUAUGUUUAAGAAUGAGUUGCUCCUGGACGUCCUCCAACAGUCAUUCGUGGCCGGCUUCAAUCACAGGACCUCUAGCAAAUCAAUAGUGUACAAGAACAUCACACCGACAAACUUGUCCAACCUCUUGAAGACUGCCACAAAGCAUCCCGUCAUCCUGGUACUUGUCUGCCUGUCAGUGGUUGGAAUCAUCCCUUCAGUGAUCUCAGUGAUCGUUGCAUCGAUUGUUGAUGUCAUUCGAAAGAUUGAUGAUGGCUUCAAGGUAGAGCUGACCAACAAAAUAUUCAACGAGAUGCGAGUGCAGGUCAGGAGCAUGCCAAAGGAGAUGAGCGCCAAACUGGCCGAGACAAUCAACAACAAGAUCAACUCUAUCCAGGGGGAUCUUGCUGCACGACAGGAGCAACUUAGGUUGAUGUACGAGAAGCUGGAUUCAUUGAGCAACAUGUCAGAGAUGAGGACCAGGUUUGGAAGGGUCGAGGCUGAGGCCUUGUCCGCGCUCACCAAACUGAUGGACCCAUCAUACAUACCAGUGAUCGACGAGGACAUUGGAGGUGGUGCAACAGGCCGCGUGUACAAGGGCACACUCAAGGAUGAGCCAGUGGCCAUCAAGACCAUGUCCUAUCGUAAUCCAGUAGGACAAGCAUACGAGAUUGCGGAGUGCAUGUUCUUUGAGGAAGUGAGCAACAGCUACCACCUCACCAACAAGAUCGGAUCAUAA